UAACAUUAUCAGCACAAACUCCAGAUAGAAGCGAAUUAUUCAAAUUUCUCCACGUAUGACUAACUGCCUAUCCUAUCGACCCAAUCUUUAUUGAUUAUUGGUGAACUUUGUCGGAUAAAUUGGCACAUCCCUUUCACUUUUACCCAUAUAAACAUCAGCUAGUGAUGAAACAAUUUGUUAUGUCUUCACUUAUAUCAAUGCAUGUGGACAACUGUGAACACACAUCCAGCUGGAAAAAUGCUGAAAUCCUGAAUAGAAGGAAUGCCAAAAACACUAGAAAAUUUCCAGAAGCUUGGCACUCAGGUCCAUCAACAAUCAGUAACACACAUCGAAAUCGAUUUAAUUGAUCAACGAAUCAGAAAAUUAAUGUUGACAAAUAUAGGAUCAAUAGCCAGUUCAAAAGGAGAGAAUCAAAAUAAAGAUACGGGCAAUGACAAGUUAAGGGUCAGGGUUCGAGGUCGACAGGAUAGGCUGUUAGUCAUACGUGGAGAAAUACCAGGAGCUUAUACUGAUGAUUUUAUUCAUAGGAACAACGAAAGCUUCUCGACUAUACCAUCAAGUUCAGAGAACGGGACUCUACCAAAAUCAUCCACCUUAGCUACAAAUUUUCUCCAACAUCUCAAUUUCAUAACAUAAAAGAACUAGUGUAAUUGUUGGGUAACAUUUUAUCCGAUCAACGUUGAAUAGAAGUUUUUCAGAAAAAUCUGAAAAGUGAAGAGCCAUGUAUCAUAUUUAUGAAUUGAAUGAUUACCUACGCAGCUACUAUGUUUUGUAUGAUUCCAGAAAAUUUGAGAAGCUC